AUGUCCCUUCUCCCAGCUCGAUAUCUUCGAAUCGAAUCACAAGAGGGAACGAUUCUCUUCUCAAAAUACACCCAGGGAUUGACUGACUGGGAUCCACCAAUUUUCGGUGGCUGGAGAGUGAUCGAUUCUUCACAAAAGAUGGCUGCUUACGAUCCAAAGACACGCGAGUUGACGUUGACAACGAAUCUCGAUUAUUCAGAGCUCAGCGCUCUCUCAUUGAGCAUCACCAUUAAACGCUAUGCCACCGCUCGGGCUUUACUUGCCUUUUUGCCGAUUCUGAUCGCAACUCUUCUGUUGCUCGUCAGUUGGAUUGCUCCGUCUCCAGUCUCUUCUUGGAUGGCCAUUUCCACGCUCAUUUUUCUCUCAACCGUUGUUCGCGAUGUCUCAAAUACAGUACCCCGUUAUGAUAAUCAAAUCACCGGUUUUUCCAUCGUUGUGAUCUUGCUAUGGAUUUCAACCCCAUUUUCCCUCGUCAUCCAUCAAAUAUUCAGUCUUUCACUUGUACAACGAGAAUCGGUGCGCUUGAUCCCGUUACUCGAGAAAAUGCCACUUUUCUCGCGUCUAGAGCAGUUCAUUCUGAAGACUGAGACACUGGAUCCCCUCCGAAUGCGUCUCUUCCCUCCCCAAAUUUUCUACAUUCAACUCAUCAUCGCCGCUCUUCAUCUAAUCGUUAUACCGAUUCUUUUGUUU